AGGAUCUCUGUCCUUAAUGUGUUUUACUAUGAGAGUUAAGAACAACCCUACUAGUCGAACAAUACCCUAUACCUUGAGCGGUUGUGUGAGGGCAGCCUGUUGAAAUCCUUGCUUAGUGUAUACUAAGUUGAUCUUCUGUAUAUGAAGUCCAGUUACAGGAAGCAUCUCUUUUCUGAGAGUAAUGAAGAUUCAAGUAGUAGUGCCAGUGAUCGAUCUUGGACCAGUAACCAAAAGAAGAAGUCCCUGAUACCGUAUCCUAGCAGAAGACAAAAGACCAGAGUCAGAAGCAGUGGAAGAAUUUUGCCACUUUUCUCUCUUGGCAGUGCCAGCGAUCGUGAGAAAAACCAGAAGGACACAUCCAGUCAGAAUGCCGCACCAGCAGAAAUUCCUGAAACAAAAUUGCAGGGGAGUCCUGCCACCGUAAUUCCUGAAGAUUCUUCCCAGAGAACAGAAAGUCGAAGUCCCCAGCUACUGAGUGGGUUCUCCUCUUUAGAAAACUCAGAAACUGAAGACAAAACAUCUAAGAUUGGGAACCAAGAAUCAACAAUGGAAAAUACUAGCUUCAAACAUAAGCUGCAAAACAUGGAAGACAGAGGUAAGAGAAGGAUAAACUCAUUUUGCAGAAGGUAGUGAAAGUAAUCAGACCGUGGCAGAUAAAAGCACUGUGCAGAGUGACCAUGGCCAGGCCACAGGCCGAGCAGUGAGUGGCUUUCCCAGCUCCAAACGUUCACAAAAGUCCAGGGAGUAACUGGGGCUCUGCUUGGGAGCCAGACUCGCUAGUGCCGAGGCAGGGACGGUCCAGGACCUGGAUCCCAUCAGCCGUCCUCCUGCCCAGCAGGAGAGAGAGGCCCGGGGAGGGCGCUUUGCUGGGGAUGCCAACGCCAGAGCUCAUCUCAUCCCCACAUAUGUAGGUCACUUGCAAUUCAUAAGUAAUGUCCUAAGCAGUUAUGUGGCCAGGUUAUUAAUCAUUCUGAAUUAAUUUUCUCAGGGUGACAAUGGUAUGAA